AUGGCGAAUGGCCAGCGAGGAGAUCAGGGCAAAGGAGUUGCACGCGCCUGUGAAUUCUGCCGGUGGAGGAAGAUUCGCUGUGAUAACCCUCGACCGUCGUGUGGAUCGUGUCUGACGCAUCGAAGAGACUGUGUGUACCGGUUUCACACCCGCAAAGAGCGGGCAACGAACGUCGCGUUGAAUGCGCUUCGAGCAGAGAACCAGCAACUUGUGAACAUCAUCCGACGGCUGAAAACCGCAGCGCCUGAUCAGACUGUGGCUCUUCUCGAGUCCAUCGCCAUCAGCCGCGACGACAAGAAUCUGCUGGACAGCGAUAACGAAAGCACCCAGGUGUCAUCCGACAAUGAGCUCGAUGUCUCGACCUUCUUUUCCGUCGACGAGCAGGGCGAAUUCAGCACGUUCGGGCCCUCGUCCGCGCUGCAGUUGAGCCAUCGCCACCACGAACCCGUCAGCCCGCUGAGUGUGGAGCAUCUCCGGAAUGCCCUCAUCACCAACGCAGCUCUGUCAGCAACAGCGCGAGUACGAGAUCUAUCAAAUGGCCGACCUGGACGGGGUGCCGAUCGCUCUCGCGACGCAUCUGCUCGAUCUGCAUUGGAACCAGCAGCAUCACACGUUCCUGCUGACGCACCGACCGGUGGUGAUGCGAGAUAUCUUAUAAGAGCGACCGUAUAUAUCCAAGUUCCUCCUGAAUGCAAUCUUUGCCAUGUGCCAGCAAGUUCUCCCAGCGUCUCGAGGUGCGAGAUGACCCCGCGGAUCAUGCCACCUGCGGGAGGGCGUUUCUUUCGACGGUGCGACGACCUCCUGAUGCAAGAUUCGCUGUUGAACAAGCCCAGUAUCCCAACCAUCGUCGGGCUUCCUUUGCUCGGGUCGACCUUUAAUGCCAAAGGACAGACGUCCAGAGGACGGCUGUAUACGGGAUAUGCUCUUCGAAUGGUCUACGACGUCGGACUGCACGUAGACCGCACUCGGACCCCCCAGAACGCCGAGGAGAUCGAGCUCCGACGACGAGUGUUCUGGGGAGCAUUUGUCUGCGACAAGUUUCAGAGUCUCUAUAUUGUUCCCUUUUCCGAGUAA